CUUCGCAAGCCAUUUACUAUGGAAGGUUCAAGCUAUGAACUGGAACAAGAACUCGUUCCUCAGUAUACUUCAUCAGCUAUUGAAGUAAAUCUCCAGAAAGCCCUGGCUGAGGCCUCUGAAACCUGCACGCAGGAGUGUCUCAUCCUGGGCCAUUCUGACAACUGCUGGAUGCCACCUUCUUUGACACAGUAUCAACAAUCCAACACACCUUUGCCAUCAUUUGGCUUCCAGCAAAGCUGGGGCCGAGGAGCCAGGUCUGAUGGACGACACACUCUUGGGAGGCCCCUUCCAAAGGAUGACACUGACAAAGGCCAAGAGCUUGCUUUGGCUACUGUUCCUGUUAGUUGAAAAUUACAUGGGCACUGCUGAAAUCAGUAGGAAACUGGGGUAGUUUUUUGGCUGAUGUCUUAUUGUGGCUUUAAGCUACUGGUGUUUAAAAUAUUAUAGUGAUGUAUAUGUUUGUUUUACAGCUAUAAUCAAUCACCUAUUGCAAGUGUUCAGUAAAAGGUUAGUGAUAAUAUUAGUUACUUCACCCCAAACUUAGAAGAUAAAGGAGUAGUUGUCAUUGUAGCUUAGUUUAUUAUUAGAGAAUCACAGACAUUUCUCGGCAAAGAAAGAGGAAUCCAGGUAAUGAGUGCUGGAUAACUAUAAUU